GUGUGGCAGCCCGUGGCGGUGUGGCAGCCCAUGGCGGUGUGACAACCCCUGGCGGUGUGGCGGUGCAAGGACACGUGGUGGCCAAAUUCGUCGUGUCCCGGACAGGCCUUCGGUUUCUGAGCCAAUAUUCUCUAAUACACUAACAAAUGUACGCAGUGGAGAACCGUUAGAGACACCACUCCACCCUAAAAGGGUAAGGGUUCUCCCGCCUGUGGUGGAAACAAAUCCAAGAGCAGAGUCUAUAUGGUCAUCCAUGGGGGUGAUCGACCAAACAAUGCCAUCCACUUCUCGUGGACACGAAAGCAUUUUAUCCAUGCCUGUAAGUCCGGAAGUUAAACAUUCUUCAAAAAAAAGUGGUCGACCACUAAACCGUCCUCUGCGAGAUGAACAGAUAAUCUCACUGCUUAAUUAUGGCAACGAGGAAGACUCGGAUAGUGAGAGCGAGGGGAUGGCGCGGCCGAUGAUUUCACGAGUCGAAAGAAUGCGCAUGCAGGAACCUCACGACGAACUGGAAACUCCCGCUAACAGUGCCCCGACACCCGACUUACCGCCGACUGUUCCCAUGGAGCCGAACAAUAAAUUUAAGUUCGACCGAAGAGCGUUUCCGGAGCCUGAAAUUGAACCUCGUUUGAGGCGGGAAACAUUCUCGCAGAUUAAUAGUGGUCCUAAGAUCUCUUUCACGAGUCCGAAGCAUUCGUUGCCAUAUGGGAUCGGGAUAUUAUUGAUUUAAUUGUCAGGGAGACAAACAUUUAUGCCCAACAGCUGGCAGCGAUCAUGCUGAAGAGCGGAGUAAUCCGGACUACUAAUAGCCGGAUUACUCGGUGGCAAGAGACGACGGUUAAUGAAAUUUAUAUUUAUCUUGUCAUCAUCUUAUCAAUGGGAAUGGUCGUCAAAAGACGGCUUGAAUCAAAUCAAAUCAAAUCAAAAAAAAAUUAUUCAACAUAAAUGAAAGUACAUACUUGUUGAACGUCAAAAGAACUACCGCCAAUUCACAAAAACUAGCCUCCGUCCUGAGAAGAAUUGGCAAGAAACUCAGCUCAGCGGGCAUGAUUUUUUUUUUAAUUUUAGAUUAUUUUUUUAAUAUUAGAUUUUUUUAAAUAUGUAUUCAUUUUUACAUGAGUAUAAUAACAUAACAAUUAUUACAAUAUUGAACUGCCCGGAGCGAGCAACUCAUUCCCGCUUUGUGCAAUCUUCUAGAUAAUCAUUGACUUUAUAGUAAGCUUUAUUGCACAGAUGUUCUUUAAUAGUUUUCGUAAACCUAUGUAUAUGUAGGUUCUGAACAUCUUGUGGGAUUUUGUUGUACAGGCGCACAGUCAAAACCCGGCUUUUUAGUUCCCGCGCUAGUGCUGGUGAAUUGUAAAAAUUAUCCAUCCAGAUAGUAUGGCCUUUGUGCUCCAGACCAUCGAGUAAUCUGAGCACAAGAGACGGCACUAUUCCCGCAGACUUCAUACGUCUUUAUUCAAACUGUCGCUGCUUUAUUCCGUAUGAAUUGGUUGAUGUCCAGCCAACCUUUCCACAUCGUGAGGCUCUCAUCAACGGCCAGGUUUUGUGCCAAUGUAUACAGUUGGGAAAAUUUUGAAUUUAAGCGUUCAAUGACCGGCUUUAUUUUAAAUAUUUUUGCUUCCGGUCUAGGUAAUGUUUCUAACAUACGAUUUACAAAUCGAUCGUAUGAUAUGUAAUCCGAGAAACCCGGAGUUCUGAAAAUGUCAGUACUGGUAUUCCAGUACUCUUCACUGCAGUGGGGACCUCAUAUUCAUAAAUUGGCGAGUAAUAAAUAAUAAUUAUAAAUAAUUCAUAAAUUGGGGACGCUCCGUACAAACCGAAACGCGUUACUGCUUCGCGGCAGAAAAAGGCAUGGAGCUGCUACCUACCCGUUCGACUCACAUGACGUCCUACCACCGAGAAUAGGAUUUCUUCAAUUAGUAAAAUCGCUUUCAAUUGUAUUAUAAAAAUCGAAGAAAAAAGACUAUUGGAUUUUGAACGGUCGAAUGACUACUUGAACGGUCGAAGGUCACUUGAAUAUCUUAUAUAAGAACGGUAAUUUAUUAUUCGUUCUGUUUCUUUGUAUGUCUUUUUGUAUGUCUGUCUUUUCAGAAGUCUAAAAAUGUACUGCCUCGCUGCUGGUCACGUACGCCCUCGUUCCAUUUAUUUUUGAAUUACAGUCAAACCUGGAUAAGCGAGAGUUCAAGGGAGCACAAUCUCAUUCUCGCUUAUAGAGGUUUCUCACUAACCCGAGUUUCUCGCUAAUGCCCCUCUAAAUUUCAUUUCGCGAUUUUCCGGAUUCAAACGCAUACACUAUUUUAAGUUUAUCACUUAAUGACAGUACUUUAAUUAACAAACAGGACGGUACACAGGCACACGUGUACAUUCGAAAAGAAUGCGAUAAAAUAACAACGUUAUUUAGUUUCACGAAAUAGAACAGGUUCAAUAUUGACGAGAAAACAAUACAAAAACAAUGGAAGGAAGUUCCACAAAAGUUAAGAAUGAGUCAUAAAAUAGCAGAUGCUAAAUUUGUAGUUUGAUUUUUCAUUUGAGCUUCCUAAAUAAUAUAAAUAAAUAAAGCUCGACUGUCGCUUAGAGGUAUAGAUAAGUAGCAGUCUCACUUACGAAGGUCCAUGAGGGAAAAACGACUCUCUCUUACAGAGGUUUCUGUUUCUCGCUAAUAGAGGUUUUGGGAGCUUAAAAUGACGGGUCCUGGCUAUUACUCUCACUUAUAGAGUUUUCUCACUUACCCAGGUUUGACUGUAUAUUCAAAUGUCUGUCUUAGUCUGUCUAUGUCUAGUCAUAUAUAGGUUUUAUGUCUUGUCAAUGAGGUUGCACGCCACGACAUCCCCACCUCCAGUACCAGAAGGCUGGUACUCAAGAUGAGGAGUGUACGUCCAACCUGCACAGUUUCGUCGCCGGUCUUGUGUAGAGUCCAUGUCUGGUCCGAACUUUAGCAACGCGAACCAUGUCGUCCUUACCAGGGAAGACCUGCUCGAUCUUGCCAAGCGGCCACUGGUUGCGGGGUAGCUGGGAGUCAACAACAACUACGACGUCACCAAUCGCCAGUGGUCUGUCAGAAUCUCUGUACCAUUUGUCUCGUCGUGUCAAAGUGGGCAAGUACUCCUUGACCCAGCGUUUCCAAAUCAAGUCUGCAAGUCGUUGAUAUUCUCUCCAAGUCCGUUUCAGUAAAUCAUGGUCCGUAAACAUUCCGAAAGGAUGGUCAAUAAAUUCUGUCUUUGGUAGUAAAAAAUCAUUCGGAGUCAAGGGCAAGUCGUCGUCAAAAUCAAGAGGUACGUAUGUCAGUGGUCUUGAAUUCACCAUGAAUUCAGCCUCAGCCAGGAGUGUCAUUAAUUGUCUGAUCGUUAGGUGUUCUGGUCUUGAGCGUUACUCGCAAGCUUGUUUUGACGGAUCUCACGAGCCGCUCCCAGCAUCCACCCAUAUGAGGUGCGUCAGGGGCUAUGAAUCGCCACUCCAAGUGUCGGAUGCUACCGAAGGUGAUGAGUUCGUCUUUGUCGAUAGCUUGUACAGCUCGCUUCAGUUCACGGUCAGCCCCACGAAAGGUAGUCGCGUUGUCGCUGAAAAUAAUACUUGGACAGCCUCGUCUCGCUAUCAGCUGUCUGAGGCUCAUCAACACGGAGCUGGUUGUCAAAUCGUGAACCAACUCCAGAUGGAUAGAGCGAACUGUCAGACAUGUAAAUAGUGCUACCCAUCUUUUCUCGUGUCUACGUCCAACCUUCACUAUGAUUGGACCGAAAUAAUCUAACCUGGUGUAAGUGAAAGGUCGACUGACCUCCUUCAAUCUAACAUCUGGUAAAUCAGCCAUGAGUGGUGGCGAGGGCUUCGCACGACUGUUCUUGCAGAACUGACAGUCAUUCCAUGUCGUCUUUACUGCAUUACGUCCAUUUAUUAUCCAGAAUCGUCGUCUCACUUCAUGCAGCACACGUUCGCGUCCAUUAUGCGCUGAGUCCACGUGAUACUGCAUAAGUUGUAAUUUGACAUAUCUGUCUUUUGGAUUCAAAAUUAUAGGGUGCCUGAAAUCGUUAUCACCAUCUGCUCUGCAGAUCCUCCCACGAACACGGAGGAUGCCGUCCUUGUCUAAAAAUGGUGUAAGCUGACGGAGCGGAGAAUCUCGCUUCACUUGUCCGGUUUUCUUGACACUUUCUAUAUCGUCUGAGAACAUUCGUCUUUGGCUUUCUCUAAUCCAGAUUAGCUCCGCUGCUUUAACUUCGUCGACUGUCAACUCACCGUGUCGCUUGCUACUCUUGUGCAUCCAGUUGUGUACUGCAGAACACGGAGGCCUUCGAUAGCUCAGUUGGUAGAGCGGUGGACUGUAGUGAGUCAAAGUUGUGGUUAUCCAUAGGUCGCUGGUUCAAAUCCGGCUCGAAGGACCACUUGAACGGUCGAAUGACUACUUGAACGGUCGAAGGUCACUUGAAUAUCUUAUAUAAGAACGGUAAUUUAUUAUUCGUUCUGUUUCUUUGUAUGUCUUUUUGUAUGUCUGUCUUUUCAGAAGUCUAAAAAUGUACUGCCUCGCUGCUGGUCACGUACGCCCUCGUUCCAUUUAUUUUUGAAUUAUAUUCAAAUGCCUGUCUUAGUCUGUCUAUGUCUAGUCAUUAUAGGUUUUAUGUCUUGUCAAUGAGGUUGCACGCCACGACAGAUUUUUUUAUUAAAUAACAAUAACCUUGUUAAUAGAACCAAGUUAGACUGUGACCUUUACGGUUUUAAAAUGGCAUCAAUCUAGUUUUUUUUUUUUACGACAUAUUAUUGUAAAUGUCACGAUGUCAAAAAUAGAAAACUUCCGUCUCUUGAGCUAGGUAUUUAUUCAUUAAAAUGUAGUCAAUAUAUUUAAUAGAAGUAAAUACUUGUAAUUUUUUUUUCUAUCCUUUAUUCUCUUUCAUUCCAAUUCUUUAUUUCACCACAAAAUCUAAUGAAAAUCUGGAAUUCGAACGUAAAAUUUUAAUAUAAAAACGCACUUAAUUAAAAAUCUAUAAAUUAUAUCUAAUAUAUAAAAUUCUCGUGUCACGGGGUGCGUGAUUGAACUCCUCCGAACGGCUCGACCGAUUUUCGUGAAUCUUAGCGUGCAUAUUGGCCGGGGUUGAGAAUCAAACUUCUAUUUUUCAUCCCCCUAAAUGUUACGGGUCCACCCCUAAAUUUAUUUUUUUAUUUUUUGGACAAAUUUUUUUGUUUUUUUUUAUGAUACAGCAUACAAAAAUACAUACAAACCUAAAUUUUCACCCCUCUACGAUCAACCCUUAUUUUUUAUUUGCUAAAUAAAAUUUUUAAAUUUUUUUGCAAGAAUUAUGUUUUUAUUUUGUCAUAACUUAGAAUAAAAAAAAUCAUAUUACUCUGAAAUUUUCACCCAUCUACGAUCAACCCCUAUUUUUUAUUUGUUAAUUAUAAACUUUAUUUUUUUUGGCAAGAUUUUUAUUUUUAUUUUGUCAUGAAUUAAAAUAAAAAAAAUCAUAUUACUGUCAA